AUGGCUACUUUUCCCUACGUUCAUAUUUACUGUCCAUGCGCAGAUUCACCAAUUGAUUUUAAAAAAGAUGAACCAAUUUCAAAUUUUUUAGACACUCCAGCAGAUAUAAUUGAUACAAGGGACCAAAGAAUGUCAUUUUCACUUCAUCCUUUGUCAAAUCUUUAUUUUUGUGAAGAAUGUUAUGCAAUAAGAUGCCCUCGUUGUGUUCAAGAGGAAACUAUCAGUCAAUUUUGCCCAAACUGUCUUUUUGAAGUACCUAAAUCAAGUAUUUAUAGUAAUGGAAAUAGGAAAGGCUUAUAUAUAUGUCCCAUUUGCUUUGCAUCACUAUCACUUGUAGAACUUGAAAGUUUAAAGAAAGGACACUCAUAUUCGGAUAAGGAUCCUAGUUCCUAUGCUUUAGAAUGUCCAUAUUGCCAAUGGACCUCAGCGGAAAUUAAUAUAAUCUUUGAAAAACCUUCAGGACUCAAUGCUCAAAUGAAGGAUUCCUUGCCAGAAAUUUCAAAAAAAAAACUCUUUUACAGUAAAUUAAGAGCACAUUAUGAAGAAACAUAUGGAACUUUAAAAUUACAGACGAAUAAUCAUUCUGGAAUCUCAAAAAUGAUAAAUAUAUAUGAAAGGAUUAAGAAAAAAUAUUCUUUAAAAAAUAAAAAAGAAGUGGACGUUUUUAAUUUUUAUGAAAAUUCACGAGAUUUAGAAGAUGAUCAAGAAAUUAUUAAAAAAAUGGCAGAAAUGAAAAAUUUAAAUGAAAUCGCUACAAUCAAACAAAGAUUAAACCAAUUAUAUCAUGUUAUAUUUAAAAAUGAUCUUAAGCCUAUCCCAUAUUUGUUAAGAGCAAAAAGAUCAAAGCGUUGCCGCUCAUGUAAAAGUAUUCUAAUUAGUCCAGAAAGUAAGCCUAUGUCAGCAAAAUUUCGUAUUAAAUUAAUAGCUAUGAACUAUAUACCAACUAUUUCAUUAAAAUGUUUCCCUGGACCAAUUUCCAAUUGUUCACCAGGAAAACUUUCUCCAAAUGUAACAAAUCUAUUUCUUUUAACAGUAACAAAUCCUCUUUAUCAAAAAAUAAAAGUUUUUUUGGCAACACCUCAACGAACAUCUGGGAAAUAUAGUCAUAGCGUUACUAUUUUAUGUCCAGAAUUUGAAGUAGGUGCUAAUAAAGAUACAUCUAACAAUAACUCUAUAACUAAGUCUAUACCAAAAGAUACAACAAAAAUGCCAAUAUCAGGCGCUUUAUGGGACCGUGGGAAAAAUUGGACAACUGUUGUACUUGAGAUUAUCCCUUCAGAAAUUAUUUCAAAUAAUAUAGAUUUUAAUGAUGAUUUAGUUGAAAUUUCAAUUUUUGUAAAGAUAGUUUAUGAUAUUAUUUUAGAUAAGGAGGAAUUCAAACAUGUAGAAACAAGCCUAAGCCAGAGAAUAGUCUCUAAAGAAAUAGGAUUCUGGGGAGUAAUUGGCUUAGGUAAAAUUCUAUAA